AUGUCCUCGACUGUCACGUACAACGGCACGACCGGCACCGCCGACGAGGGCUACUCCAGCCAUGUCCAAGAUCUUAACGUCUUCUACGAUACCGGCCACAUGACCUUCAUCGCCCUCUCCUCGGUUCUCGUGCUGCUCAUGAUCCCCGGUGUCGGCUUCUUCUACAGCGGCCUCGCCCGCCGCAAGUCGGCCCUGCAGCUGGUCCUCCUCUCGAUGCUGUCCGUCGCCGUCAUCGGCUUCCAGUGGUUCUUCUGGGGCUACUCGCUCACCUUUUCGCGCACCGGCAACGCCUUCCUCGGCGACCUGUCCCAGUUCGGCCUGAUGAAGACGCUCGCGCAGCCCAACGGCAGCAGCGCCACGCCCGACAUUCUCUUCUGCCUCUACCAGGGCAUGUUUGCCGCCAUCACUCCCGCCCUGGCCAUCGGCGCCGUCGCUGACCGCGGCCGCAUGCUCCCCGCCGUCGUCUUCAUGUUCAUCUGGUCGACGGUCGUCUACGACCCGAUCGCGUACUGGACGUGGAACGCCAACGGCUGGCUCGCCACCCUCCCCUCGUACGACUUCGCCGGCGGCGGCCCCGUGCACGUCGCCUCGGGCGCGUGCGCGCUCGCCUACAGCCUGAUGCUCGGCAAGCGCGCCGGCUACAGCACCACCCACGGCCUGCCGUACCGCCCGCACUCCGUCACCAACGUGCUCCUCGGCACCGUCUUCCUCUGGGUCGGCUGGUUCGGGUUCAACGGCGGCUCCGCGCUCGCCAUGAACCUGCGCGCCAUCAUGGCCUGCUACGUCACCCACCUCGCCGCCUCCGUUGCCGGCGUCGUCUGGGUCCUCCUCGACUACCGCCUCGAGCGCAAGUGGAGCACCAUCGGCUUCUGCUCCGGCGCCAUCACCGGACUCGUCGCCAUCACCCCCGCCGCGGGGUUCGUCCCCAGCUGGGCCGCCGUCGUCAUCGGCGCCGUCGGCGCCGUCUGCUGCAACUUUGCCACCAAGCUCAAGUUCCUCAUCGGCGUCGACGACGCCCUCGACAUCUUUGCCGUCCACGGCAUCGGCGGCAUAGUUGGCAACAUCCUCACCGGCGUCUUCGGAGCAUCUUACAUUGCCAACCUCGACGGCACCGAGCACGCGCCCAUCGGCUGGAUCGAGGGCAACUGGGUCCAGGUCGGCCGCCAGCUGGCCGGCACCUGCGCCGCCUUUGGCUGGUCCUUUGGCCUGUCGUGCAUCAUCCUCUUCCUGAUGAACCUGGUGCCCGGCCUGUCACUGCGCGUCAGCGCGACCGACGAGGACGUCGGCAUCGACGACGCCCAGCUGGGCGAGUUCGCGUACGACUACGUCGAGCUCAAGCGCAACUUCAACGACAUGGGGCUAGCGACGACGGACGUCUCCGCGUCGAGCAGCACGGAAAAGGUGGCGACGGCGGUUUAA